GAUGGUGCAGUUCACAGGCAGGCCAAACAAGAAAUUUAUAAGCAUCAGCAGUGGUUGACAAUGUUGCAUGCCAUGCUCCCAACCAGGACUGAUACAAACGAUGAUACAACAGAUGACGGUGUCGUUGAGCUUCCCGAUAAGCUCACAGAAUUUCAAGCCGCAGCUCUUUACCCUCAGUGGCAUUGGACGACACCGAUUACACAGUUUCAUUGGAAGCCCAAGAUUCCAUCCGAUAUUGCACCACCGAAGUCGUGGCGGCAUGGCCAAGAUGGAUGGAGAGUUGUUAUAAAUUUCUUGAGUGGUUUACGAUGGAAAUGUUCUGGAGAAGAGUCUAUUUCCUUUUGCGAAAUUGCAGUUGCUUUCCACGCUGAAGGUCAUCGCUUGCCAGGCGACUCUUUUGACCUGACGUUUCGUGAUCUGUACAAGAUCUUGAGAGAGGCCUUGCUGUUUCUCCACAAGUCUGACAAGGCCCAACCGUUUCCAGGUUGCUUCAAUUCUACAAAGCCACGAGCAUGUGGUCGCAUUUUGCCUCAGGGAUGUAUCGAAGGUGCAGCGCCCUUUGUGUCGGCCAAAGGCCUCACGAUGCUUGCACAGCUAUUUUGUGUUGGUGCGGAUCGCCGCCUCGAAACGUGGCUGAUUCCUGUACAUGAGUGGUGAUUGCAUGUUUUGUUGGGGAAACUCCCAUGUUCGGACCAGAGUGUCCGGCAUGACAUCGACUCGG